AUGCGUGCCCAGAAAUCCGGCGUCGUUGCAGGCCUAGGCUCGAUAAGCGGCUGGUCCGGCGUUCCGGCCGCAGGUCUAUACUGCGCGACCAAAGCCGCAGUCGCCAUCUACACUGAGGGGUUGCGUGAUGAAUUUGCUGAAUUCGGUAUACAGACGACAUGCAUUGGGCCGGGGUUCUUCCGUACCAGUGUUCUUGUUGAUGAUGAUGGGAAUAAGGUGCGGAUUAAGGGGCGUAUUAAAGAGUUGGAGAGUGUUACGAAGCGGACUGGUGAGAUGCUGAAGAAUUAUAAUCAAUAUCAGCCCGGGUAUCCGGUCAAGGGGGCGCAGGUUAUUGUUGAGACAUUGACGGGGACUGGACGUUGUAAGGGACAGGAUGCGGUGCGGGCUAUAAGAGCAGCUAUUGAAAGGAAUCGCGAGGGACUGGAUUUGUGGAAGGAUUUGGCAGCGACGACAUACUGUGAUGAUGUGCAGUAA